AAAUACCGUUGGCGCCAUUUCCGUCGAGGUUUUUUCUAGCGGCGCGAGGAGACUGAUUGUGUGUCAAGUCCAGAGUACCUUGCGUCGAAUUUGUGAGUUCAUUAGUUUUUAUGUAACUUUUUUAAAACAAAUUUCCCCCCUGAGUUUGUUUUUUUUGUAGUGCGAACCCUUAUCCUGCGAUGCUGCAGUUUCUGUCGAUCUGCACCGAGAUAGCUGAAACUGAUUCAUAAUAGAGGUGUUUGCGAGUCAAGAGCUUUUUAUUUCGUUUAGAAGUUUUGUACUUAGCGCUUUGAUCUCAGGUAAGGAAUGCGAUUGUAAUUUGGUUUGGGAGUGUUUGAAGUUUGAAGCUCGAAUCUGUUUCCAUAGGUUUAUAUGGCUGUAGUUGUGUCAGGUUUACGAGAAGCUUGUAUGACUAGUUUUAUUUGAUCGAUUAGCUGAAAGUUGCUUAGGGUUUAGUAGAGAUGGGGAAAAAGAAAGUUGAGGAGGUGAGCCAGACAAAGGAGGAGAAGACAUUAGCGAAGGAAAGCAAGAGGCUGCGGGAGCUGGCUUUGACGUCCGGGUUGCUGUCGGAGAAAAAAGCUGUGCCGGAUGCGCCAAUGCACCCGCACUCUGGUAUAGUAAGAUGUGACGGGAAGGACAUUUGUAAAAAGGGGCAUAGGAAGAACAAGUACCUUUUCUCUUUUCCUGGUCUCGUAGCUCCUGUAGCUGUUGGAAAAUUCGGUGAUCUGACGCAAUUAGACACAAAAAAUCCAAUAUUGUACGUUGAUUUCCUACAGGGACGACUCAAAUUAUUCGGCACCAUUGUGUAUUCCAAAAACAAGUAUAUUACUUUGAACUUUGUCCGUGGGGCAGGAAGCAUACAAUGCGAAGAUAUUUUUGAGAAUCUGGUGGUAUUUUCGGACGCGUGGUGGAUCGGGACGAAGGAAGAGAAUCCUGAUGAACUGCGCCUUGAAAUGCCUUUGGAUUUUCAGCAGGAAAGGCAUGCUGUGUACGACUUCGCAGGUGGAGCUGGCAAGCCUAGAAAUAUUAAAGAUGAUGUUGACGUCCAAGACUCGCAAUUAGAACUAGUCCAGGUAUCGGAAUUGGAAUCCAGUAAACAGUGCACACCGAAGGGCCAACUCAAAAUGGACCGGUGGCUUUUCCAAAAGAAACCUUCGGAAAACAAGACCUUAGAGAAAUCUUUUGAGAGUAAUGCGAAAACGAAGCCAAAAAAUGCUAGUGAAUGGGAGUCAGAUGAAGACGAGGAAGGUUUUGUCAACCUAGGGGACGCGCCAACUCCAUCCCGACAAUCUGCUCGUAUAGCUGAGAAGAAACACUCGUAUGCAGAGUCUUCCUCGGAGGAGAACCAGACAGACGGCAGUGAUGAACACGACCGUGCAGAUGCUGAACUUAGGGAUCCUCGAGACAAAACUGUUAAUAAACUUUUCAAUGAUGUAGAAGAUGGCUUCUUGGCUCCUGAAUCACAAAUAUCACAGAUGGACUUGGCAGAUUUAACUGCCAACACAAUAGGAGCUGGGUCGAAGCAAUCAAGUCUCUCUGCAUUCUUUAUGAAGUCAAGCGAAAAGAAUAAAAGUGCAAAUGUAAAGCCGCCUGCUCCUUUGGUGGAAAUAAGUUCCACCAGGGCAUACCAAAAAAAGAAAAUUGUGAAGUCAACUUUAGACAACGAUGAUGCUGGUAAAGAAGAUGAAAACGUAACUCCAAAAGACGAAAUGGAAUCGGUAUUACCCUGUACACCUCCUGAUAUCAAUGAUUCUAAACGCAAAAGAAAAUCUACUCCAGAUGGAAAGAGAAAUUCGAGAGGAACUGGAGGAAAUGGCUACCAUAUCGAAGGAGCAGCCGUUAAUACUGGUACAAUGCUGACCAAACAGAGUAAUGUUCACAAUGUUGCUACUUUAUUUUAUGGACCACAGAAUAAGUCUUAUACAUCAUGUGAGAACUACGCCCUGUUUUUCAUGUUUUGCCAUGCUUUUGGAAAAUGAAUUUAUGAGGACUAUAUGACCCGAUUAAUUUUUUUCUAAGUUUGGAUUUAUCUUUUACCUUAUUUGGUUAGGUUUCUGAUGAUAGUGAUCCGGGUUGACCAUUAAGAUCCCGUCGUCAACUCAACCGCAGCACUUUCCAGUCCAUUUUAUCUCCUACGCGACAAUGUGCAAGAUAUGCUUUGGUAGAUGUUUGAAAGAGCACAACAAGAUUAGUUUUGGAACAGUAAAACGUCGAGUUCGAUGGCUGGUGGGUAUGGAGCUGAUUAUUACUAUGUUUAUUUGACAUAGUGAAAUUAGUAAAAUAAUUUUUCUUUUGUUGAAUCUAUUUUAUGAAA